GAGAGAGAGUUGGGGAGCAUUCCGGUCUAGGGGUAAGAUACUUGCCUCUAGAUUCGGCCAUCCGGGUUCGAUUCCCGGGCAAUGCACGUGGCAUUGCCGCUACCUGACCGCUUGGAACAGCGUGAGAGUUCGGAGGGCUGUUCACGGGCCCUGUGUGCGGUCGGACCGCACACAGCCUCGAAGCUCCGCCCACUUCGUCCCUACGUCAGCCUUCCGUCACCGCACACAGCGAUCGCUGUGGCCGGUCGGGACUGGCCACAGCGGACCGUCCACCGCACGCAGCCGUGACGUCAGAGCCGCCUACCCAUCCCCUACCCCCACGCCUGCUGGACGCACCGCACACAGCGCACGCAGCAGUGUGCGGUGCCCGUGAACACCCCUCCGGUCUCUAUAAUGGCAGCCGCAGCAGCAGCAGCGGCCGUGGGGCCCUCUCAGCAAUGUUUUCUGCUCUCCGUCACUGGACAGGUGGAGUCGGCCCGCCUGGCUGGCGCCGACCAGCUCUACUGCCGAUAUCAGCUGCAUGGAGGGCCCGACUGGGACAUUGUCACGGGUCUGGAGGAGGGUAUCUCGCAGGUGAGCCGUCCCAGCCAGGACGCCCGCCAGCUGCUGGUCUGGAAUCUACCUGUCGAGGUCUCCUACAAGGCUACCAACCCGUACGGAUGGCCUCAGCUGAUUGUCAGCUGCUACGGACCGGACCUGUUCGGCAAUGACGUCAUCAGGGGGUACGGUGUGACCCACCUGCCGACCGCCGCCGGCGCGCACCGGGUCACGCUGCCGCUGUUUGUUCCAGAGUCGACGUCUCAGCUGCAGAAGCUGGUGUCGUGGUUCACCGGCCGGCGACCGGAGCUGGCCGACCCCUCCUCACUGGCUACCGGAGACGGCAGAGACGUGAUGCGGGUCCGCUCUCAGGGCUACGUGACCUGCAGUUUUCAAGUGGUGACCAAGGAUCUGCAGCGGCUCGGAUACGAUAACGGACGGCGCGCCCCGGCCGGCGCCGCGGGCGGUGACCUGCGGCCGGCCGGCGGUGGCGACGGCCGGCCUGGCUGACCGCUCCGGGUCACCGACUGGGGACGGGGGGGGGGGGGGGUGAGGAGGGCUGGUUAGGUGUAGCAUAUCUUUUACUUCGGGUGUCUUGCACUACGCAGAACGAUCCGUCCAUUCAUAACGCGUACAAAUCAUUAUAUUGUGUACCGUUCACUGCACCAUCUAGUCCGCUGAAGUGUAUCGACUGAAUGUGAAAUACUAGUCAUGUUUUUCAUCAAGAAUGUUUGCAAACAUUCCACUGUAACAUAUCAUUCACCUGUUGUGUCUCGCAGAUUGAGCUGACCAGAUCCGUCCAUACGCUCGUACAAACCAGUGUGACAAAAGACGUGUUGAUGCGAUGGCUUCUUGCCUCUAGUCCUGCUCGCACGGGAUUUGUGCUAAUGCUGUCACCACUGAGUCUGAAGAGUUUGAUUUAGAAAAUAGUGCCAGUAACUCUAACAUGACGUUACGUUACAGUUAUGCGCUUAUAUACUGUGUUGAAUAGUCUCGCUUCGCUACAUGCGUAGCAUUUGUGUUUUUGUGUGAAUGGUAGUGAUGAAAAACUUUGUAAAAUGUCUGACUAAAAUAUUUGUACUGUCAGAAUGACAAUUAAUGUUGAAUGCUUGGUCGAAAUACACUUCUACUUUUGUUCUAA